CCCGCGCUGUUGCCAGGGGAACGGGCCCAGUGCCUGGCGAGGCCCAGCCCGCCUCGGCCUGGCCCGGCUGCGCAGCAGUCCCGCCAGACCUGGAGCGGGAGGACGCCCCCUCUCAACCUCCAUCCGGGAUGGGGCCCCGCUCUGGGGCGCGCCGGCUCCCGGUCCCGGGGAUCCUCUCUGCCGUGACGGUCUGAAGGGCGUCUGCCCCGGGGAGGGUGGACAGCCAGGCGCGGGGCCGAACCACUAGCUGACCUUGGCAGGGCCAAUCUGGUACGGCCGCCAGCACGCGCAGAUGCUUUCAAGUCGGCAAACAUUUACUAAGCAUCUGUUAAGUACAAGAUGAACAUCUGCAACAAGCCCUCCAACAAGACGGCCCCUGAGAAGAGUGUGUGGACAGCACCUGUGCAGGCCAGCGGACCCUCCCCGGAGCUGCAGGGGCAGCGGUCCCGCCGGAAUGGGUGGAGCUGGCCCCCUCACCCACUUCAGAUUGUGGCCUGGCUGUUGUACCUCUUCUUCGCAGUGAUUGGCUUUGGGGUCCUUGUUCCCCUCCUGCCUCACCACUGGGUGCCUGCUGGCUAUGCUUGCAUGGGUGCCAUCUUUGUUGGCCACCUCGUGGUGCACCUGAUCGCAGUCUCCAUUGAUCCAGCAGAUGCCAAUGUUCGGGACAAGAGCUACGCAGGGCCUCUUCCCGUAUUUAACCGCAGCCAGCAUGCACAUGUCAUUGAAGACCUGCACUGCAACCUGUGCGACGUGGACGUGAGCGCUCGCUCCAAGCACUGCAGCGCCUGCAACAAGUGCGUGUGCGGCUUUGACCACCACUGCAAGUGGCUCAACAACUGUGUGGGUGAGAGGAACUACCGCUCCUGGCUCUUAUUAAGCUGGAGCUCCUGGGUGCUGACAGCUGCCCAUGGCUGGGCCAGGCUCUUUCUACACAGUGUGGCAUCUGCUCUACUGGGUGUCCUGCUCCUGGUGCUGGUGGCCACUUAUGUCUUUGUAGAGUUCUUUGUCAACCCUAUGCGGCUGCGCACCAACCAACACUUUGAAGUCCUGAAGAAUCACACAGAUGUGUGGUUUGUGUUCUUGCCUGCUGCCCCUGUGGAGACCCAGGCUCCUGCCAUCUUGGCCCUGGCUGCUCUACUCAUCCUUCUGGGCCUGCUCUCCACAGCCUUGCUUGGCCACCUGCUGUGCUUCCACAUCUAUCUCAGUGCUUUCCUGACCCUUUAUGAGCUCCAAGAUCCCAGCUCCACUGCUGCGCCCUCUCCUCCCCCACCAGUGUGGCACAAGCUCACCACCUAUGAGUACAUCGUGCAGCACCGCCCACCACAGGAGGCAAAGGGGGCCCAAAAGAAGCUCGAGUCGUGUCCCCCCAAGAUGCGGCCCAUUCAGUCUGCCUCACCCGCACUUCCCCAGGAGAUGGAGUUCUACAUGAGGACCUUCAGCCAUGUGCGCCCAGAGCCCCCUGGCCAGGCCAGGCCAGCGACAGUAAACGCUAAUCCCUCCUGGUUUCUUGCCACUCAAGACCAAGUGGAACCUCCACGGCCCUCCUCCCCCGACUCUCUAGCCCUGCCUCCUGCUAUCCGACCCCAGAAAAAAAGGAAGCGACGCAGGUAUAAGGUGCGGAGGACCGGGAUCUUGGAACGGGAGUCCCCGCUGCCCAAGCUUCGGGGGCCCCGGACCCCCGACCGGGGCUCCAGCUCGUCGACUGACAGCUCCAGCGCCAGCCCGGUGCACGCCACUGGCCCGGCAGGCGCCUACCACUCUGCUUCAGCCGAGUCCAUGGACGAGAUUCCAGUGGUGCAGUUGCGCCUGGGCAGCGCCGCCCUGGCCACCCCUGGGGGCAGAGCCCGAGACCUCGGGCUGGCGCUGCAGGCGCGUGUGCCAGCCGUGUUCGUGAGCCCGAGUAGCGGCGAACCUGGGACGCUGAAUGUCCAGGAGGGCGGCCGGCCUUAGCUGUGCGGGCCAAGGAGGAGCGGCCGGCUCGACUCUAUGCAACACCCCACUCGCCGCACCUAGUGCACUUUAGGGGCCCCACGGCCGACAGGAUCGACCUCCAUGACUUAGCAAUAUCCAACCCACCGGCCCUGAUGCUCCAAUAAACUUUUUUUUAUGCUUUUGCGGA